GGCGCUGCCAACAUGUGACACAGAGCAUCGCACCGAUCCGAGCACUCCGGAGGUAAACUCCAACACAGACUCAACUUGACGCGCUCGCCUUCUCCACCAGCUCCAUCUAUUUUCUGUCUGUCUGUCUUUUUUUCUUUUCUUUUUUUUUAAACUCCUCUUCUUUUUCUUCUUCCUCUUCUUCCUCUCCCUAACGAGCCCUGUAAUGUCCUGUUAAUUCCGUGUGCGCUAGUUAAUGAGCAUUAAUCCAUCACCCCUGGAUGCUAUUGUUGCGGCGGGGGAUGGCCAUUUGAAUGCAAAUGCGUGACACCGUGACAGCAAGGUGCUUAUUAAAGUGAUGAGCGCUGCUGCGUGCUGUACCGGGGGACCAGCGGAGUGAGAGCAGCGGAGCGGGGUUAGCUGGAGGAGCGGGGCGGACUGGAGGAACUUCUGCAAAACUAAAACAACAACAACAAAAACUGCAAGAACCGCAACAAUAAAAAAAAAAAAAAAAUGGCAAGUUCUGCGUCUCUGGAGACGGUGAUGUCCUGCGGUAGGACCGGGCCAUCCGCGGCCCCAAAGAGCCUCGCCUUCUCCAUAGACCGGAUCAUGUCCAAGGGCUCGGAGCCGAGGGGCGCUGGAGAGGAGCGGCCGGAGGGGAGGAAGCUGCUGGGGCUCUGCUCCCCGAUCCCCUGCAUGAUCCCGCUGCAGCCCUUCAGUUACGACCUGCAAGCCAAGGCGCUGAUGAACUACUCGGAGCUGUGGAGAGCCAGCUUCCGGGGGACUUUUUGCGGCUCCGCGGCCGCUCCUUGCAAAGCCAGCUGCGGCAUGUGCGCCAAGGCGGAGGCGGGCGUGAAGCAGCCGAGCAGGGUGGUGAAGCCGCAGGUGAUCCAGCAGGCCGUGCCCAGCGGCGGCGGCGGCGGCGGUUCUCUCUACUAUCUCAACUACCUGGACUCUGCGUACCAGCAGCAGCCAGAGCUGCUGGCCGGACACUGGUUCUCCAGCCCGCAGGCCCACGCUUCUCUGUCGGCGCACCACAGACUCUUGCUGCUGGAGAACGCCAAGCUCGCCGGGGUGUGUGCCGAAAAGCUGCCCACGCCCCAGUACCCGCACAAGGAGCAUCUGCCGGGGCAGCUGGACCAGAUAGUGAAGGAGAGCCACGGCCUGAGCCCCGAGAAGAGCGGCGCCAAGACGCACAGCAAAGUCAGCGGCGGCAGCGGCGCAGACGGAAAACCCAAAAACUUUACGUGUGAAGUGUGUGGAAAGGUUUUUAACGCGCAUUACAACCUGACCAGACACAUGCCCGUGCACACCGGGGCCCGGCCCUUCGUCUGCAAGGUGUGCGGCAAAGGCUUCCGGCAGGCCAGCACGCUGUGCAGACACAAGAUCAUCCACACACAGGAAAAGCCUCAUAAAUGUAACCAGUGUGGGAAGGCGUUCAACAGAAGCUCCACGCUCAACACGCACGUGCGGAUCCACGCCGGGUACAAGCCUUUCGUCUGUGAGUUCUGCGGGAAAGGUUUCCACCAGAAAGGAAACUACAAGAACCACAAGCUGACGCACAGCGGCGAGAAGCAGUACAAGUGCUCGAUCUGCAACAAGGCCUUCCACCAGGUGUACAACCUCACCUUCCACAUGCACACGCACAACGACAAGAAGCCCUUCACCUGCGCCACCUGCGGCAAGGGCUUCUGCCGCAACUUUGACCUGAAGAAACACAUCCGGAAGCUGCACGACAGCGUCUUCUCGCCAGCCACAAACGCCUCCAGAGAGCCGCAGAGCUGAGGCACGCUGCCCCAUUUCCCCAAAAUGCAUUUCAAUAAUAUUCCGACUGGGAUUGUUGGCCCUCAAAAAAAAAAAAAAAAAAAAAAAAAGACUGGCUUAUAGCUCUGCAUUUGUGGCCACGUUGAACAGUUGUGUUUCGAAAGGCCGGAGAGAAGGUGCAUGGGGUAGUCCAAUACAAUUGGAAAUAAUCCCUUUAAAAAGAAGUGUGGUAAUCCUGUAGGGUUUCAGAUCCUGCCCAGGUGUCCCAGCAGGGACGCUGUAAAGGGAAUACAGAACAGACCGGAGCACCUCUUAUUACCACCGGUCUCCCAUUAGGGCUGCUCAAUUAUGGAAAACAUCAUAAUCACGAUUAUUUUUUGGUCAGUUCUGAAAUCGCGAUUAUUGAACACGAUUACUCAUUGACUUUCUGAAAGGUGUUGCGUUUUUUGAAGUGCAGAAACAGUGACUCAGUUAAACCAAUGAACAGUGAAAACACCUUGAACCGUGACAUUUCCCCACGUUCAGAACACAAGACCAAAUAAGAGUUUACUUGCAAAACGUAAUGUGCUAAAUAAUCAUUUUUCUGGAUUACUCUAUUUUUUUUGUGACCGUUAGGAGCCAAAAUUGUAAUCGCGAUUAAAAUGUUCAGUUCAUUGCGCAGCCCUAGCUCCCGUACUGUGCGUCGGGAUGUCAUAGGGAUUGGUUUCUGCACAUUGACUGAACUUCUUCCUGCGUUGCCCGUUACGAGCAUCAAACAUGGGAGAAAUAACCUGUCUCCACGAUGGACCUGUAAAUAAUAGCUUAUGGAAAUAAACUAAAUGUUAUUUAAAAUGUGAACCAUUGCCAUGUUGUGUAUUUCACAGAAAAAAACUGUUAAUGUGAAUAAAUAAGUUAUAACUUAUGAUGAAAACUGAAUGUUUGAGCCAUGUUGUUUCCGUUUUUUUGAAGGCAUUUGGAAAUAAAACAGUGAACUAA